GUUGUGUCAUCUGCCAGGGUUAGGAAAAGUUUUACGUCACGGUCGAUUUUUCCUUGUACAUUUUUACGAUUAAUAUUAAAAGUAUUUAUUAAUAAUAUAAAUUUUAUAUAAACUAUAAAAUUAAUAACAAAAUAUGAAAAAAAGUAAUUAAGAACUAUUAAUCUCAUUCAAUAUUGUAUAAAUAUUUUUACAGCUCCAUUAAAAUUAAGGCGCUGAUUGCGAUAAUUAUGCCUGUAUCUAAACGGAAACGUAACGAAACAGAGGAGAAGGAAGAGUUGCUAGAAAAUGGUGAAAUAAUUAAUGAAGGUGUCCGAAGUAAUAUCAAAGGAGAUGAACUGAACAUUGCUGUUUUGUUAUUUCUCUAUACUCUUCAAGGUAUUCCUUUAGGCUUGGCUGGAGCCAUUCCUAUGUUACUACAAAACAGAGGCAUAACAUACACCCAACAGGCUGAAUUUAGUUUUGUUAAUUGGCCAUUCAGUGUUAAAUUAUUAUGGGCACCAGUUGUAGAUGCUCUCUUUUGGCCUAAAUUUGGUAGACGUAAAACAUGGCUUGUACCUGUGCAAUAUUUAAUUGGUAUUGUGAUGAUCAUCAUGUCAAGUAGUGUUACCAAUUGGCUGGGAUCAGAACAUGAAGCGCCAUCAAUGAUGAUUCUUACAGUAUCAUUUCUAUUUCUUAAUUUUUUGGCUGCAACUCAAGAUAUAGCUGUUGAUGGCUGGGCCCUCACAAUGUUAAAAAGGUGUAAUGUUGGUCACGCAUCUACUUGCAAUACAGUUGGACAGACAGCUGGGUUUUUCCUUGGCUAUGUAUUGUUUUUAGCUCUUGAAUCUCCAUACUUUUGUAACAAAUAUCUACGCACAGACCCCCAAGAUAAUGGUUUUGUAACACUGUCUAGUUUUCUAUUUUUUUGGGGCUGGAUAUUUAUAGUAACAACAACAUUUGUUGCAUUGUUCAAACACGAAGCUAGUGAUGUGAAUACUAGAGAAAGUGAAGUAAAAGGAAUGAGUGAUAUUGUCAAUGCUUACAAGCAAUUGUACACUAUUGUGAAGUUGCCAGCUGUUCGUACAUUGGCUUUGGUGUUAUUUACAGCCAAGUUGGGUUUUUGCGCUAGUGAUGCAGUGUCUGGAUUAAAGUUAGUAGAAGCAGGAGUACCGCGAGAAGAUUUAGCUUUACUCGCCGUGCCUCUAGUACCAGUCCAGAUUAUAAUGCCUGUGAUUCUUGCUAAACACACUACGGGUCCUGCCCCAUUAUCCUUGUGGCUUCGCGCUUUUCCCAUGCGGUUACUAGUGGGGCCCUUAGCUGCGGCUCUAGUUGCAAUCACGCCGAGCUUACUUGGAAAUUCUGGUCCAUCAUACUCUUACCUCUUCAUUUUGAUGACGUUAUAUGUGUUCCACCAAACAUGCCUAUACUGUAUGUUUGUGGCCGUGAUGGCAUUUUUUGCGAAAGUGUCAGAUCCAGCGGUUGGCGGUACCUACAUGACAUUACUAAAUACAGUAUCCAACCUUGGAACCAACUGGCCCAACACACUUGCACUCUGGGCCAUUGAUCAUUUGACUUUUAAAUCCUGUUCAUUAUCAGAACUUAAUGAUAAUACUUGUUCAACGCAAUUAGAAUCAGAGCUGUGUAAAUCAAAAGGCGGCACAUGCGAUAUUAGGAUCGAUGGUUUCUACAUAGAGACUGUGAUCUGCUUAAUUUUAGGCUUUGUGUGGUUGCAAUGGGGGCGACCAACCAUCAACCGCCUCCAACGAUUACCGGCUACCGCCUGGCAGAUCAGUAGGUUCAACAGAUAAGACUGAAAGUAAUACAUUCCUCUAAAAUAGGAAAAUGCUACCUGUAAAGUAAAGCCAUGAAGGAGUCUUGCAAUCAUCUCAAUUUUGGCAAGUUACUUCAAUCUUUAGGUAUAUACAUUUUUUAUAUUGAUGUAAAUAUGUAUAAAUAAUGCAGCCUACAUUUCAAAUAAUUAUGAGUUAAAAAAAUAUGAAGUGAACCAUUCCUCUACUAUUGCCAGUGAAACAUUAAUUGUAUGUAGGAAUAAUCGAGUUGUCUUAUUUGAUAUAGUCAUGUAGGAGUGCAUAUGCUUAACUAUAAAAAAAGAGGGAACUAUGGUAUAUUAAAAAAAGAUAUCAAAAUUGUAGAAACUCCAUUUGAAAGUUCGGCGUAAGUUACACUUACGCACUUUGUAAUCGAACUAAGAAGAAUAUAAAUUGUAAUAUUUUAUUAUUUUUGCGUUGUUGUUUUACAUUAACGAAACUAAGUAGCAAAUUAGCAGGAGGACUGGUCUUUACAAUGUUUACAUCUAUAAAAUAUUUAAAAAAAUAUAAGUGGAUUUUAAUUAUGAUUAUACUAGUUUAUCCAGAAAACAUUUGUCCUCUGCCACCAUCUAACAUUAAUUUAUUUUUAUCCCGAUAUUCUAUCUUUCAAAUUGGGACAAACACUACACAAAAUUUCAUUAAAAUCGUUUGACUGCAUUCGGAUAUUAGCGUGAACAAACAUCAUGACAUUGAACUUUUAUGUAUUAAACUUUCUUAGUUUCCUCCUUUUUUAUAGUUUAGUUCACUGCGUGUGGUGUUGUGAUAUAUAGUUUGUUGACUAAUCCUUAGUAUAUUGGUUAGAAUGUUGUGUUGUGUAUGAUGACUGACUUAUAAUAUUUAUGUAUGUUAAUUAUAGUACAAACUGUGUUUGUUUCAUACUAUAUAAUUUAUUUGUAAAUACCUGUUUCUUAAAAUACAGGGAAUAAAACAACAGUAUUAGUUAUAA